AUGGCGGAGGCGGGUGCGGACGGCGGCGGCGGCGGCGGGGGGUUCCUGAGCAGCGGGAGCGAGCGGCGGUGCCGGGCGCGGCUGGCGGCGGCGGCGGCGGGGGGGGGACGGGGACGGGCGGCGGCGGCGGCGGUGCUGGUGCCGCUGUGCUCGGUGCGCGGCCGCCCCGCGCUGCUCUUCACCCUCCGCUCCCGCCGCCUGGGCGGCCCCCACAGCGGCGACGUCAGUUUCCCCGGGGGGAGGCGGGACCCGGCGGACGGCGACGCGGUGGCCACGGCGCUGCGGGAGACGCGGGAGGAGCUGGGGCUGGCGCUGGGAGCACCGAGCGUCUGGGGACAGCUGCGGCUGCUGCCCGAUCGGCAGGGACAAAUGGUGGCUCCGGUCGUGGCCAACCUGGGGCCCCUGGAAGACCUGACGCUGACCCCCAACCCUGACGAGGUGGAGGAGGUCUUCACGCUGCCCCUGGAUCACCUCCUGCGGGAGGAGAACCAGGGCUACACCCAUUUCCGCACCGCCGGGGGCUACGGCUACACCCUGCCCGUCUUCCUCAACGGCCCCCACAAGGUGUGGGGGCUGACGGCCAUCGUCACCGAGCUCACCCUGGAGCUGCUGGCCCCCGGACGCUACCGCAGGAAGACCCACGUGCCGGCCCGCAGCCCCCCGCCACGGCCCAAGGCGGGCUCGGCGUGACGGGGCGAACCCCGGGUGCCAGGGAGGCGUUUUGGUGGGGUGGGGGUACAGACCCACACCCCCCCCCCCAUCAGUGCUGCUGCAGGGAGACCGCGCUGUCCCCCCCAUCGGUGGCACCGGGCUGCAACGGCUGGUGUCACACACUGUGAUUUUAGUAAAAAAAAGAGAAAAAAGCCAUGUUUUUGAACCA